CAACCGGAAGCAAGGCCCAGAAGCACCGGAAGUGUGUCCGAAGAGCGCCUGAGGAGGGAAAAAGGAAAGAUGGAGCGCCGGUUCCCUGCGGCGGCGGCCCUCACGGUUCUCCUGUCGCUGCUGGUCUCCCUCCCGAGGCUGCUGCGAUGGAGACCCCGCGCAGGAGGAGGAGAGGCCGAGGCCUCGCCGCUUUCCUUGGCUCCGGAGGCCCUGAGCGGCCUGCAGGUUUACCGGCUGGUGACCUACAUCUUUGUCUAUGAUGACCCCCUUUCCUGGCUAUGUGGCAUGAUCAUCACCUGGUACUUUGCCGGCAGCUUUGAGAAAUCGGUGGGCACUGCAAAACACAGCCUCCUCACCGUGGCCUUUGCCGUUGCUGCGGCCCUGCUCUACCUCCUCCUCUCGCCCGCCUUGGCCAACCUGUUGGAGGCAGCAGAUGCCACAGGGUUUGCACCUGUGGCUUUUGCUAUGCUGGCGGCCUCCAUCGCCCGCUCCCCGUUGAGGAACACACUGCUUUUGGGGUUCAAUGUCCGGGUGGCCCUCGUCCCCUGGGUCCUGCUUGGCGUAGCCUGGUUUGCCCUGCUCUCUCCCUUCCUGGCAAACCUUUGUGGCAUCUUGAUUGGGAACCUCUACGGUUAUGGCUUCUGCUCACGAGUGGAUCUCCCUGAAUCAGCCGCCUCUUGCCUGGAUCAGAAGAUCCCUUUCCGACUGCUGAAGAGAAUCCCAGCCCUCCAGUAUGUUCCAGGGUCCCUAGCGGAAAGAAGAGCCUCCCAGACCCGGAAGAGACUCAGAAGCAGCUAUUCCAUUGUUCCAAGUCACCCAAAGUCCAGCACCUUGGAGAGCUCCUGGAAAGCCUACAGUAAAACCUGGAAUGGAUUCCUUAACCUACUGACAUGGGAACAACCAGCAAUGUCUACACAUUGAAGCAGGACCCAGCAAACUCAUUUGUGCUUAAUGGGAAACACAUUAAAAAUGGCACCUGGAAACAAUCAGGGCAUCGAUCCCAAGCUAUCAAGUCCCUCCAGGAAAUAUGAAACCCAUUGACUUCUUACGUGUUGAAAAGGACUGAUAAGUAGCACAUUAUACAACAGGGCAUGGAUGAAACAUGAUAGGUCCCAUUCACAAGCCCAUCAUUUGUCUCUCUGUGGGCAGGUGCCUUGGCAGGGAUGAAGCUGCCCAACCAGUUCAGGGUGUUUCUCCUACCACUAAGCCAAAGGUAUUUGUGGUCUGAGUUAAAGGCAACAUUAUCUUGGAUUGCAGAUGUAGGAGAUCUCUGAUGGAAAGAAGCCAUGCUUUUAGACCCGUCGUUGCUAAUGGCCAUCCAGUUGGCCAUUAGCUAUAAUCCUUUGAACAAUCACAACCAUUUGUAAAUAGCAACCCCCAAAAGUAACUUUCCCAAACUCCAGUUUGGAGUAAGGACCGAGGGCUCCCUCAUCAGCAAAGGUGAGAGAGCAUUACAUUCAAACUUUAUUGGAGUUUUCCAAGGUACUGAAACUAUUUUAUGGCUAGGGUUCAGCAUAUAGAUCUCUCAUUUAAAGCCCGUACUAAAACCCAGAGUAAGUUCAUCACCCCUUUCACACAAAAAUGUCAAUGGUGCUUGGAUUUGAUAAAAAUAAAGCAUGUUAAAUUUCAAACUUGAAAACACAUCAAA